GAUUAAGCAUGAAAAGAGGCUCGAGUAGCUCGGUUAUCGACUAUUUGAGUCUGAAGUGUUUCGCGAUCGAAGUCCAGCAGACGAUUAGAAAAACACGGAGGUAAAGUUAAGGAUGUUUUAUACAAAAGAAUGACAGUCCAGUGGACUUUAUUCGUUUUGUUUUUUUUUAACAGUUGUGUCAGACAUGCAACAUUCUGUCGACUGCCUUGUUCGGGUGCUCGAGUCCUACAGGGGAAGAGAUAAAGUUAUCAGGACACUUUGCUAUGGCUCUCAGUUGGUAGGAGGAAUUAUUUCACGCAAGGCAGAGGCAGAUGCUUCGUCCCACAACCUCGGGAAAAGUCUGCUGCUGUUUUCUGCUCAGUUAAGCCACUGCAGGACGGUGCUGAGGCUGUUCGAUGAUAUGUCCAUGCUGGCUUACUCCUACAGUUAUGGAUUUGGAGCCAAGGAGAAAGAUGGAAUCACGCGCUGGAUAUCGGUGCUCACAAAUGUAGCCGACCAGCUCUACUACCCGUGCGAACACGUGGCCUGGGCCGCUGAUUCUCACCUCCUUGGAGUGAAGUCUGACAGAUGGUGGGUCGUCAGUACGGUGCUGUGGGCAACCUCGUUGCUGCUCGGGACACUUAGGUCACUCCGAGUUCUGAUGCUGCUCAAGAGGGAGCUUAGGAAAUGUCACAAAGACGGAAGCAGCCACUCUCAGAUCGAUAGGCAGAUGCAGGUGGAGCUGCUUUCGAUCCUGGGAUGUAUGGCAGACUUCAUGAACGCAAUCCAUUGGAUGCCUCAUGGCUUCCUUUGGGCAGGACGAUUCCCUCCUUGGCUAGUGGGACUGAUGGGCACUAUCUCCUCUGUUGUUGGUUUGAUCAAGAUGAAAGAAGGAGACUUUGCUCAAACAUGCAGUGCUGAGUAAUGGAUGCAGUCAGCACUGAACCAUUCAUCCAUCCAUCAUAGUCUCUACAACAUUUCUUGGGCUGUCCGCGGUGCCUCCUCUGAGUGGGGCCCGUGACACCUCACCGGGGAGGCGUCCCGGGGGCAUCCUUGCUCUGUUCUCGAGCAGUGUUGCCACACUUAUCAUGAAAAAGUAACUUAGUUACUUUACUAAUUACUUAAGUUUAAAAGUAACUCAGCUACUUCCCUGGCUACUUGGUUUUAAAAGUAGCUAAGUUAGAUUGCGCACACACACACA